GGGUUUCCAUCUCUCAUGGCCCUCCCUCCGCUCUGAGUGUUGUGAGCUCGCCACGGCGUCAUGGCGGAGGCCGGCUGUUGUAGCGUCCGCGGCUGGUCUUCUUCUUCUACUAGUUCUUCUUCUUCUUCUUCUUCUUCUGCUUCUUACGGAAUACAGCGAUAUUUCAAAGUCGGACAUUUUUUCCGGAGGGAAUUCAGGGUGGAAAACUAAAUCUAUCCUCGGCUCGGUGAAAGAAGUUUGCGUGUUCUGGGUUGCUUUCACAUUUACACACACUCACACUCGCACGGGGGAGCUAGCUUAGCCGUGCUUAGCCGCUAACUGGGUGAGGAGAAAAACAAGAAAAAGGGACGUCGGGGGGGAAUCGGGCUCCGUAGCCACCUGGAGCCCACCUGGACCCCACCUGGAGCCAGGUGAACCAAACUGUAUGAAGCUGGAGGUUCAGGGUGUUUCAGGACCUGGUCAGGCCAAUUAGGAAACAUUGGUUGUUUCAGAGAGACACAAACCUUUAAAUCGCAGCCAUGGCUGGCCGCAGCGAAGACGAAAGUGUGAGCAACAGCACCGGAGAUUCCAGUAACUCGGAUGAUGAGUCUGGAUCUGGUUCAGGCUCUGGUUCCAGCUCCAGCAGCAGCAGCUCUAGUAGUAGCCAGUCAGGAAGCAGCGACUCAGGAAGUGGUUCAGACUCGGGUAGCCAGUCCGAUUCUGACUCUGAGAAGUCCAAGGGGAAGAAUGGUCAAAAUAACUCUGCAAAGAUUGAUUCAUCAGAAUUUUGGAAGUCUAAUCCCAGUAUUCUGGCAGUGCAGAGGUCAGCUAUGCUCAGGAAACAGCAGCAGCAGCAGCAGCAACAACAACAACAGAGCUCCUCAAACAGUGAUUCAGAUGAUGAAUCCUCCAGCAGUGAUGACUCAGAUGAUGACUCUUCGAGGAAGCGAAAGAGUAAAGGGACUGGUUCCGACUCGGAUUCUGAGUCUGGCUCCGGCUCCGGGUCUGGUUCAGGGAGUGACUCGUUCGAUUCUUCAGCUGAGGAAGAGGGAGAGAACAGUGAAGAGUCAGUUUCAGACUAUGAGCCUAGCCACAAAGUUAAAAGCAGGAAGCCACCUAACAAGACCAAUGCCAGGAAUGGAAAAAAGAGCAAGGUUAUGAAAAAGAAGGCUUCGACAUCUUCAUCAGAUGAGGAUGAUGACUAUAAAAAAGCCUUGGCAGGUCCUCGGAGGCAGGCCACUGUGAACGUCAGCUAUAAAGAGGACGAAGAACUGAAAACGGACUCUGACGACUUGGUGGAGGUGUGCGGCGAGGACGUCCCACCCCCCGAGGAGGAUGAGUUUGAGACCCUGGAACGAGUGAUGUGCAAUAGAAUAGGACGAAAAGGAGCCACCGGAGCUUCCACCACAGUCUACGCCGUUGAGGCUGAUGGAGACCCUAAUGCCAACUUCAACCCAAACAAGCAGCCAGGAGAUGUGCAGUACUUGAUCAAGUGGAAAGGCUGGUCACACAUUCACAACACCUGGGAGACGGAGGAGACGCUGAAGCAGCAGAACGUGAAGGGCAUGAAGAAACUGGAAAACUUCAAAAAGAAGGAGCAGGACAAGAAGAAGUGGCUCAAAACUGCUUCACCGGAGGACGUGGAAUACUUAAACUGCCAACAGGAACUCAUGGAUGACCUUCACUCGCAGUAUCAGCUCGUAGAGAGAAUUAUCAGUCAUUCCAAUCAGAAGUCAGCAGCAGGAUACCCAGACUACCUAUGCAAAUGGCAGGGGCUUUCAUAUUCAGAAUGCAGCUGGGAAGACGGGGCACUUAUUGCUAGAAAGUUCCAGAAGUUCAUAGACUCCUACAUGAGCCGGAACCAGUCGAAAACCAUCCCCUCGAGGGACUGCAAGGUUUUAAAGCUGAGGCCACGGUUCGUGCCUAUGAAGAAACAGCCUCAUUAUAUCGGCGGAGAAGGACUUGAGCUCCGAGACUACCAGCUGGACAGCUUAAACUGGAUGGCCCAUUCGUGGUGCAAAGGGAACAGUUGUAUUCUAGCAGAUGAAAUGGGCCUUGGAAAGACCAUUCAGACCAUCUCCUUUCUCAACUAUCUGUUCCAUGAGCACCAGCUUUAUGGACCGUUCCUGUUAGUGGUGCCCUUGUCUACACUCACCUCCUGGCAGAGGGAAAUCCAUCUCUGGGCCCCACUGAUGAAUGUGGUCGUCUAUUUGGGUGACAUCAGCAGUAGAAACAUGAUCAGAACACACGAGUGGAUGCAUACCCAGAACAAGCGGCUCAAAUUUAACAUUCUUCUCACUACAUAUGAAAUCCUCCUGAAAGAUAAGUCAUUUCUGGGCAACGUGAGCUGGGCCUUUAUUGGUGUGGAUGAGGCCCACAGGUUGAAGAACGACGAUUCCCUUCUGUACAAGACCAUGAUUGACUUCAAGUCCAACCACCGGCUCCUUAUAACAGGAACACCUCUGCAGAACUCCCUCAAGGAACUGUGGUCACUCCUCCACUUCAUCAUGCCAGAGAAGUUUCAUUCGUGGGAGCGGUUUGAAGAAGAUCAUGGUAAAGGCAGGGACUCGGGCUACACUAGCUUGCACAAGGAGCUGGAGCCUUUCCUGCUACGCAGGGUCAAGAAGGAUGUGGAGAAGUCGCUACCUGCCAAGGUGGAACAGAUCCUUCGGGUGGAGAUGAGUGCCAUCCAGAAACAAUACUACAAGUGGAUAUUGACCAGAAACUACAAGGCACUCAGCAAAGGCACAAAAGGAAGCACGUCUGGGUUCCUAAACAUCAUGAUGGAGCUGAAGAAGUGCUGUAAUCACUGCUACCUCAUCAAGCCGCCGGAGGACAACGACUUCCACAACAAAGCAGAGGCUUUGCAGCACCUCAUUCGCAGUAGUGGGAAACUGGUACUCCUGGAUAAGCUGCUGUUGCGACUGAAAGAGCGCGGCCACCGGGUUCUCAUCUUCUCCCAGAUGGUCCGGAUGCUGGACAUCCUUGCAGAAUACCUGAAGAAUCGCCAGUUUUUAUUUCAGAGGUUGGACGGUUCCAUUAAGGGUGAGAUGAGGAAGCAGGCAUUGGAUCAUUUCAAUGCAGAGGGUUCCGAGGACUUCUGUUUCCUGUUGUCCACACGAGCAGGUGGUUUGGGCAUUAACUUGGCUUCUGCAGAUACUGUGGUCAUCUUUGACUCUGACUGGAACCCCCAGAAUGACCUGCAGGCUCAGGCCAGAGCUCAUAGGAUAGGACAGAAGAGACAGGUAAAUAUUUAUCGAUUGGUGACUAAGGGCUCUGUAGAAGAAGACAUCAUCGAGCGAGCCAAGAAGAAGAUGGUGCUGGACCACCUCGUUAUUCAGAGGAUGGACACUACAGGGAAAACAGUCCUUCAUACCGGUGCUGCUCCUUCCAGCAGUUCCACCCCUUUCAACAAAGAGGAGCUGUCUGCUAUUUUAAAGUUUGGUGCCGAGGAACUUUUUAAGGAGCCGGAGGGAGAGGAACAAGAGCCCCAGGAGAUGGAUAUCGAUGAAAUUCUGAAGAGAGCAGAGACAAGGGAAAACGAUCCUGGUCCAUCAACUGUAGGGGAAGAGCUUCUCUCGCAGUUCAAGGUGGCAAACUUCACCAUGAUGGAGGAGGAAGAUAUGGAUGUGGAUGCAGAUGGCAACAGGAAAACCUGGGAAUCGAUCAUCCCUGAAGAGCAGCGGAGGAGACUGGAGGAAGAGGAAAGGCAGAAGGAGCUAGCAGAGAUCUACAUGCUGCCUCGCAUGAGGAACUGUGCCAAACAGAUAAGCUUUAACGGUAAUGAGGGCAGACGGAGCCGGAACCGAAGAUAUUCUGGCUCCGACAGUGACUCUGGUUCAGACCGAAAGAGGCCCAAGAAGCGUGGCAGACCGCGAACUAUUCCUAGAGAGAACAUCAAAGGUUUUAGCGAUGCAGAGAUACGAAGGUUUAUUAAGAGUUAUAAGAAAUUUGGAGGCCCUUUGGAAAGACUGGAUGCUAUUGCCCGGGAUGCUGAGCUGGUCGAUAAAUCAGAGCAUGACCUGAGGCGACUAGCGGAGACGGUUCACAACGGCUGUAUGAAAACCUUGAGGGAGAAUCCAUGUGGACCAGAAAAAGCUUCAGGAGGCAGGCGAGGGAAGGUGAAAGGACCUACUUUUAGGAUCUCUGGUGUUCAAGUCAAUGCUAAACUUGUAAUCUCACAUGAGGAAGAACUGGCCCCUUUGCAUAAAGCCAUUCCUGCUGACCCAGAAGAACGGAAGAGGUAUAUGCUUCCUUGCCAUGCAAAGGCAGCUCAUUUUGACAUUGACUGGGGCAAAGAUGAUGAUUCCAGCCUUCUAAUUGGGAUUUACGAGUACGGAUAUGGGAGCUGGGAAAUGAUUAAGAUGGACCCAGACCUUAAUCUCACCCAUAAGCUUUUACCUGAUGACCCUGAUAAGAAGCCACAGGCCAAACAGCUCCAGACGCGAGCCGACUACCUCAUCAAGUUGCUCAGCAAGGACCUUGCCAAAAAGGAGGCCCAGAGGCAAACAGGCUUGGCUAAUUCCCGAAAGAGGAAGCCACGUGGAAAGAAGAACAAAACUGUGAAACCGAAAGUGGAUGAAGUUGUCAAUAGUCUGUCCUCUGCUCCUCCCUCGGAGAAGAGCUCAGAAGAUGAGGAUGAAAAGGAAGAUGAGAAGGACUCCACACCUGCCAAGCCACCGCCCAACAAAAGGGGGCGAGCUUCUGAUCGGGUUGUAAAAGAGGAGGAUGAGGAGGAGGAAGAUGAGGAGGAGGAGGAUGAUGAAGAGGAGGAGGAAGAAGAGGAAGCAGAGCCAGAACCCCAUGUCAAAGAACCAGAGGAGAAGGAGAUAAAAGAGAGGGAGAUAAAGAAAGAUGUAAAAAAGGAGAAGAAAGAAGAAAGUCGGGAAUGCAAAGAGAAAAAGGAACCCAAAGAGAAAAAGGAGAGCAAGCCUGUGGAGUUUAGAGUAGAGGAAUCUUUCACAGAGAAGACUCCGGAGAUGAAAGCUGAAGUUCGGGAAAAAAACAAAAAGGCAGAUGUGCCUGUGCACAUAACUGCUGGAGGAGAGAACGUUCCGGUCUCUGAGGAAUCCGAAGAGCUCGACCAGAAGACCUUCAGUGUGUGUAAGGAGCGCAUGCGGCCAGUGAAGGCAGCCUUAAAACAGCUGGAUCGUCCCGAGAAGGGUCUUUCCGAGCGCGAGCAGCUGGAGCACACACGGCAGUGCCUAAUUAAAAUCGGAGACCACAUCACAGACUGUCUAAAAGAGUACACCAACCUUGAACACAUCAAGCAGUGGAGAAGAAAUCUUUGGAUAUUCGUUUCCAAAUUUACGGAGUUUGAUGCUAGAAAGCUGCAUAAACUGUAUAAGCAUGCAAUUAAGAAAAGACAAGAAAACGCUCAGACGGCGGACCAAAACACUAGCACUGUAAAUACACAAGCCUUCAGACACACAGACAUUGAGAGGUUAAAAGACUCUCAGCACGACGAGAGCAGCAGAGACAGCUACAGUUCAGACCGCCACCACUCGACCUCACGUAGCCACGAGCAGAGCAAAGAGCGCCACUCCGGCGACUCCUACAGGAAAAGCGCUGACUCCAGGAAGAGACCGUACUCUUCCUUCAGCAACGGCAAAGACCACAGAGACAGAGACCACUACAGAGAGCGCCAGGACAGCAGGUACUACAGCGAGAGCAAGCAUAGGAAGUUAGACGAUCACCGAUCAAACCGAGACAACUGGUCAGACAGCAACAACAAGGAGCGCGUGCACUCGGAGCACCGGUCGCACUCGGAGCACCGCUCCAGCUCGGACUACAGCCACCACAAGGCAUCUCGUGACUAUCGUUAUCACUCCGACUGGCAGUCGGAGCAACGCGCUUCAGGUAGCGGCCCUCGUUCUCCACGAGAUCAGAGAUCGCCCUACGACCCCCGAUCGCCCAUGGGCCACCGGUCGCCUUUCGAGUACUCUUCCGAGCACAAGAGCACGCCCGAGCAGGUCUGGACCAGUCGUAAGACAUAGCGCUCAAUCAACCACAGAUACACAUGCAGGAAAUGCCUUAUGGGACUUGGCCGCUGUACUGCGCACCUGAGCUUCUCUUUGAGCCUCGGUGCACUCCUUUCCUCUGUUCUCUUCUCCAGGCUAUGUUUGAAUAAGUGGGAAGUGAACACAGAAAAUUACAUAUUUUUGUAUUUAAUAGUCUACUGUCACUAUUUCCUAGGUGCAGUAGUGUGAGGUUUCAUUUUUAAUUAUUUUUAUAAAGUGACUACUUUUUUUUUUCUUUUCUUUCUUUUUUGGAACAUAAAUGAAUCCGAAAAACUCGUGUUCCACCGCUGCGACACUGGAUCCUGGCAUUGACUUUUCCACGUUUGUAAUGCAGCUCUCGACUCAACCCAGACGAAACUACCAUAACGUACUGUCUUGAUACUUGGGCGUAAGAGUAAUUGCGUCUCUUUCUCUUCUGAGCAGCCUGAAGGACUAGGGUUCACCUAAGAAAGUACCUCGUUUACAGAAUUAUUUUUUUUUUCCCACCUGACCACCAUGCCGUCUUUUUUUUUUUCGUUUGUUUGUUUGUUUUUUUGAGCUUUGCAUCGUGCUUGAAUUAUUUAAUUCUCAGCUGUAACAUAAUCUGUAUUCUGUUUCGCAAGCAUCCGAAAAAUGUCCUUUUCGUAAAAAAAUUGUACUACUGUAAAUUAUUGUAUAAAAAGAAAUCGAAUGGGCUUUUUUUCUUCUCAGGCUUUUUUUCUUUUGAACAAGUCGUUCUUUUUCCCCACCAACUCAGGCUUUUUCUCAUUUGUAUUGAUUUAACAUUUGAAUGUCCAUAAGGACAAUUUAUGUAAAUGAUGUUAUUUACGGUGUAAUUUGAGAGGGGAAGAGGGGGGGGACUAAUCUAUUUGUGUAUUCCUGUGAAAAGACUUCCUUCAGUUUUUUUUUUUUUUCUUUCAGAUUCGCUCAAUAUUGAAGUUGUUUAGCAAAAAAGAAAAAAGAGAAAAAAAAAAAGCCUCGCUAACAUGGCAACAUCCAGUCAGAAAAAACUGUGAGGGGGUGAUUUAUAGUUAGAGGCACUUACGUGAACUUGAAAUAGUUUUCUUUUUCGAAGAAAUUCCUUCCUUCUUUCUUUUUUUUUUUUUACAUAAUUGUAGGCAAUAAUGUAAAAUCUUCUAUGCAGCCCAAGUGUAUUUCUGGUGAACGGCCCAAUCAAGUCAAAAUGCUGUUACAGUACACACUGUAUAUAGAUCUGCUCUAUAUUUCAAAUCAAAUUUACACUGAAAAAUGCAUGGAUUUUUAAAAAAAAUAAUAACUGUUUUAUAUAAUUGUUUAUAAAGUCAUUAAACUCGAAUCACUGUUUUCACCUGUAA